AUGGGGCCCAGGAAGCAGCCUUCCUCACUGAGGCCGCCGGCCCGCGUGUGCCGCCCCGGGAGGCCCCGGAGGCUGCCGUUCAGGAGUGGGAGGCGUCUGCUGAAGGUGCCUGUGGAGACCGUGCUCCGGGUGCUCAGGACCAACACCGCUACCCGCUGUCGGGCACUAAGGGAAAAGCUGAAGCCGCCGCGCCCGCCCGGCUCGCCCGGGGGCACCACCCCCAGUGGCAGCGUCGCAGCCAGGCCCCCUGAGCGGCGGCGGCACCGGGGACAUGCUCUGCAGGGGAGGCUCCUUGAGCGCCGGCUACUGAUGGCCGUGAGCCCGUGGGUGGGCGACAUCACCCUGCCCUGCACCCCCCAGAGGCCCACCGUGGUGCACACGCGAGCCGACAGCAUCAGGGCACAGCUGCAGGAUGCCCGCCUGGCCAGCACCCCCGUGUUCACCCUCUUUAUCCAGCUGCUCCAGAUCGACACCGCCGGCUGCAUGGAGGUUGUUGGAGAGAGGAAGGCCCAGCUGCCCACCCCGCCCCCGGCCGGUGCUCAGGUGCCCUCAAGUGCUCAGAACACCCCAGGCGGCCUCCCGAGCGACGUGCCAGCCGCAGAGGCGACAAAGGACAGCGCCAGCCGCAGGGGGGGCCGGGGGCUGCAGACCUGCCGGGACCCCCCGGCGCCCCCGCUGGCUCCAUGCCGACCCCGGCCCAAGCCCAAGACCGUGUCCGAGCUGCUUCGGGAGAAGCGGCUGCAGGAGGCCCGAGCCAGGAAGGCCGCGCCGGGCCCCCUGGUUCUCCCGGCCCAGCUGCUGGUCUCCUCGCCCGCGGUCCUCCGGGCCCCUCUCCCGCUGGCCUCCCCGGGCCCCCCCACCACUGGGCCGGCCGUCUCAGAGUCGGCUCUCUCUGGGCCUGGGGCCCCCGCCGUGGCCAGCCCAAGUGCUUCAGGCUCCCUGGUCGCAGCCACGGACAGGGAGCCCCCUGCCUUGCACGCCGGAGCCUCGGCUCCCGUCUCCAUGGAGGCCGUGAGGGCCCCAGCUGCCCCCGGGGCCCCCGAUCCGGGCCCCAGCCAGGUGCCUGCGAGCUGCCCUCUGGACAGCCUGGGACCGGCUCCGGCCCCCGCCACGUCCCGGAAGCAGGGCCUCCCCGAGGCACCUCCCGGUCUCCCUGCAGCCCCCAGCCCCACUCAGCUGCCCGUCCAGCCCCUCGGCCUGGCGCCAGCUCUGGGCACCCCCAGGGGUGGACUGCACACCACAGCCAGCACCCCUCUGCCUGUCGCCUGGGUGCUCACCGCCCAGGGGCUGCUCUCGGUGCCGAUGCCGGCUGUGGUGGGCCUUCCCAGACCCGCAGGGCCCCCGGGCCCCGGAGGGCUGUCGGUGACUCUGUCGCCCUUGACUGAGGCUCCAGCAAGCCAGGGCCCAGCCAGCAGGGACCCAGCAUCAGGCCCCGGAGGGCUGUCGGGGACUCUGUCGCCCUUGACUGAGGCUCCAGCAAGUCAGGGCCCAGCCAGCAGGGACCCAGCAUCAGGCCCCGGAGGGCUGUCAGUGACUCUGUCGCCCUUGACUGAGGCUCCAGCAAGCCAGGGCCCAGCCAGCAGGGACCCAGCAUCAGGCCCUCCCCCCAGGACAGACCUCGAGACCCUCCCGACGCCCCCGCCAUCCCAGAUCCCUGCGAAAGUGGCUGGGCAGAUGGCCUCCCAGGCUGCAGUCCCGGCUGAGCACCCUGAAGCAGAGUGCCCCCGGCCCAGCCCGCCGCCUCCGCACUGUGCGCUCCCCUCCGAGUUGGGGGAGACCAGGGUGCCCGUGGAGUCGGAGCGGCCGCCCCCACCCCAGCUGGGGCCUGAGAAGCGAGCCCUGGACCUAGGCCUGCUCUCUCAGGAGAGCGAGACGGCCGUGCGGGAGUGGCUGAAGGGGCAGCGAGGGGUGUGUGUGCCCCCACUAGCCAGCAGGCUGCCCUACCAGCCCCCCACCCUGUGCAGCCUUCGGGCACUGUCCAACCUCCUGCUGCACAAGAAGACCUUGGAGCACAGAGCCGCCUCCCUGGUGCCCAACGGGGCGGCGGGGGCCCUGCCGGCCUCGCUGGGGCUGGUGCGCAGGCAGCUGCAGUACAGCCCGGCCUACCUGCUGCUCAAGGCCCGCUUCCUGGCCACCUUCACCCUCCCCGCGCUCCUGGCCACCCUGUCCCCUCGUGGUGCCCGCACCACCUUGUCGGCCCUGGAGGACGACCCCGAGAGCGAGGACGGCCUGGAGGGGCUGGAGCGCUCCGACAGAGACAGGGCGCUGGGCUGCUGGGCGCCGGGCAGUCCCCGGGCAGGGCUGGCGGCCACAGCCCCCGCUCAGGGAGCCCCCACCUCCCCCGAUGAUUCCGAUGACUUCGACGUGCUCAGGACCCGACAUGGCCGGCACCCCCGGAAGCGCAGGAGGCUACUACAGCACAUCGCACCCCCGCCCCUGCCCCUCACCCCCAGGCAGCACAUCGCACCCCCGCCCCUGCCCCUCACCCCCAGGCAGCACAUCGCACCCCUGCCCCUGCCCCUCACCCCCAGGCAGCACAUCGCACCCCUGCCCCUGCCCCUCACCCCCAGGCAGCACAUCGCACCCCCGCCCCUGCCCCUCAUCCCCAGACAGCAGCACAUCGCACCCCUGCCCCUGCCCCUCACCCCCAGGCAGCACAUCGCACCCCCGCCCCUGCCCCUCACCCCCAGGCAGCACAUCGCACCCCUGCCCCUGCCCCUCACCCCCAGGCAGCACAUCGCACCCCUGCCCCUGCCCCUCACCCCCAGGCAGCAUGCAGCACCCUCGCCCAGGCCCACCUGA